AUGCGUCCCUGGGGAACCGGUGGCCCCUCCAGGCCGACCACACGCGUCAUUUGCAUUUGGAAUGUUACUACUCACAAGGUUGAAUUGAGAAACUCAAACAAAUCUUUGCUGCUCAGUUCUCUGCACUGCCGCCGCAGCGCCCAAAGAGAGGGGAAAGAAUUGCUAGUUCAGCACUUGCUUGUUGGUGAAAAGGAUGUCAGGCUUCUGGUUGAUCUCGAAAAGAGUAUCAUUGCAGGAGGAGCAGACUUGAGUGAUUUGGCUGUGGAGCACUCCUUAUGUCCAUCCAAAGAAAAUGGUGGUAUGCUCGGGUGGGUUCGAAGGGGACAGAUGGUACCAGAAUUUGAGGAGGCAGCAUUUAGUGCUCCUUUGAACAAAGUUGUACGAUGUAAGACAAAAUUUGGAUGGCAUCUAUUGCAAGUUCUUGCUGAGAGGGAUCAAUGCGUACUGCAAGACAUUGACCCAGAAGAGCUUCACACAAAAAUGCAAGACCCUAGUUUUCUCGAAGAGGCCCAAUUGAUUGAUGUUCGGGAGCCUGAUGAAGUGGUGAAAGCUUCACUUCCAGGCUUCAAAGUUCUACCGCUCCGCCAAUUUGGGACCUGGGGACCAGUUAUGACAGACGAGUUUAAUCCUCAAAAGGACACUUAUGUUCUGUGCCACCAUGGCAUGCGCUCAAUGCAGGUGGCUAAGUGGUUGCAGUCACAGGGUUUCAAAAAAGUUUACAAUGUCGCGGGUGGAAUUCAUGCCUAUGCGGUUAAAGCCGACUCCUCCAUCCCAACGUAUUAG